GCCUCGCGAACCCUAGGUUUUUCUGAGCAGAGUGAGCAAGUGAGUUGGAGUAGUACCGUAGCUUCUGAUUCAAUGGAGGCUGCGGCCGCUGCGCGCGGUAGUUCCAUGCCGAUGCCACCUCCGCCAGCCCGCAAAGAGUGGCGCGCCGUCUCCGACCAUCAUUCGGCCCGAAACAUCGGGGAUGAGGAGUUGGAACGAUCAAAGCUAGGCCAAUCGGAUGAGAGAACAAUAUAUGAGGUGCAGCAAGGAAGAGAGCCAGUUGAUGUGGACUUCUGUUCGAUCACAAUAGAUGGAACUUUAGAUCAUGACCUUUUGCAGCAGCGGGUUGAAGAUGUUUCUAGGCAAAGAGAGGAACUGCAACAUAUGGAGAUUGAUCUUAAAGCUCAAAUCAUUGCAAGAUCUGAGAUAAUUGAAAUACAAAAGAACUUUGAUGCUCAAAUAAAGGAACAUGUCAAUGCUGCUUCCAAGCUUCAGGAGCAACUUCAUGAAAGGGAGCAAACCAUACAUGAUUUGGAAAGGAAAAUGGAUGAGAAAGAUAGAGAGCUGCAUGCUGUCAGGCUAGAUAACGAAGCGGCCUGGGCUAAAGAAGACCUUCUUCGAGAACAGAAUAAAGAAUUAGCAAGUAUCAGAAGGGAACGUGACCAUUCGGAAGCUGAAAGAACCCAACACAUACAACAAUUACAUGACCUGCAAGAGCAUAUUCAAGAAAACGAGAGGCAGCUUAAUGAUCUCCGGGAACAGCAUAGGCUUGCUCAAGAAGCCAUUCUUUAUAAAGAUGAACGGUUGAGGGAGGCCCAAGCUUGGAUCGCUCAUGUUCAGGAAAUGGAUGCCUUGCAGUCAACUACAAUCCAAGCUGAAUUGCGGGAACGUACAGAACAAUAUAAUCAACUCUGGCUUGGUUGUCAAAGGCAGUUUGCUGAGAUGGAGAGACGUCAUAUGCAUACAGUACAACAGCUUCAACUUGAGCUGGCUGAUGCAAGAGAAAGGAGUGGGACUUACACCGAUGAAUCAUGCAUGGCACAAUCAAAUUCAAAGGAUGCAUCUCAAUUUGGUCAGAACAAUGGAAACCAGCUAGAUAUGAAUACAUCAAAUGGAAAUACAGGGCCCUUCCAAAAUGGAAAUUCAGAUGAUGUUCCCUCAUUUCCUUCAACUGGAAACACAUCAGCUCAGAUCGACCAUGUUGCUGGGGUUCCAAUUUCUCCAUCAUCUCUACUUGGUAUGCCUUCCUAUCUUCCCCCUGGACAAGUGACUGCUCUACAUCCAUUUCUUAUGCAUCAACAAGGGGUACCUCAUUCGGUCCCACCACAUGUUCCUCAAUCUCAUGUUGGGCAUUUUCACUCGAUACCUGCAGUAUCGUCUCUCCAACAGUGGCAGAACCAACAGGCUCCAUCUGAGAGAUUGCAGAUAUCUACACAGAAUGAGCUUCCAUCUUCACAAAAUGAUCCAAACUUAAUAAGACCAGAUUAUAACUAUGAAUCAUCUGUUAAUGGGCAAUCUCUUCAUCAAGACUAUUUAAAUGUCCAACUUAACCAAGGGGCACCACCUGAUUCUGUCUUGUCAUCAUCCACCGGGGAAGCACAGGUUCUCGAGUCAAUUGAUAGUAGAGGUUAUUUGGUCUCAUCCCAACCUGAUCAGAGCUUGCAACAAAUUUCCUCCCAAUUCCACAACGCUUUAAGAUUGGAUUCUCUUGAGCAGAACAGUGAAACCAAGGCACCAGAGCAAAAUGUUCAGACCUCGACUGAUCAUGGAUUGGAUGGACAAGUUUUAACUGCAGGACAGCCAAGUUCUAAUAACAAUUCGUUAAAAUCUGAUAAUUCAGUUCCUUCAGUCGAUAACAAGGAACCUGCAAUUAACAAUGCCACUAGUGCAGUUUUGCCUGAAGCAUUUGUGUCAACUGUGCAUGCAAAUGCGGCUGGGGGAAAGACUUCGGAGGUUGCUCUUCUUGAUGAAAGGUCAUUGUUGGUUUGCAUGGUUCGCACAAUUCCGGCAGGUGGUAGAAUUCGCAUCAGUUCGACGCUACCAAAUAGGCUCGGAAAGAUGCUUGCACCCUUACACUGGCAUGAUUACAAGAAAAAGUAUGGAAAGCUUGAUGACUUUGUGGCUAGUCACCGUGAAUUAUUCGUGAUUGAGGGUGACUAUAUUCAGCUUCGGGAGGGAGCGCAAGAGAUGAUAGCAGCUACAGCUGCUGCUGCAAAAGUUGCUGCUGCUGCAGCCGCAUCAUCUCCCUACUCUUCAUCUUUGCCUUCUGUGGCUGUUACUCCAGUGGCACAGACUCACCGCUCAAGGAAGAUAUCGACUUCAAAUGCAAAUGAUAAUCACUUGCAGUCUGUAAAGCAGAAUCAGCAAUUAAAUGGUGUAAGCUUUGGCGUUCCUGGAGGUCUCUCAAAUGUAAAGAUUUUGAGCAAAUCUAAAGAUUCUUGGGAACUGAACAGCCCUGACACUAGGCCAAGCCAGUCGUCUGUACUUUUGAAUGGUGGAAAUGGAGCAGUUCUGGAUAGAUCAAGCAUGAGCAGUACCCAAAGCUCAGGCUUGCCUAAUGGCCGGCUGAGCUCAAAUGCUGUUGGGAAACAACAUGGCAGGAUGACCAAUGCUACAUUUACUUCCAGAAGAUAGAGAGAGCAGGAAAUAGGCACCACCUUAUGACCGGAAUGGUGGACCCGUGCAUGGACGUAAACUUAUUUUGGAACGGCAACAGGACAUGCGGGAGAAUAUAUAUUCAUCAAAGAUUGAAUCACCAUCAAUAUUUGCAGCUCACUUCAUGGAAUUCUCUGAUUGGAAAUGUUUGCCCGUUUUUUCGGUUUUCGAUUCUUCAAAAGCUUUAGGUUGUGACUGUUUUAUGAUAUACUGAAAAGAGUCAAAGAACUCAAAACUGUCUCUGCAGCGAUGAUGAUAUUCAUGCACAAAAUUGCUUCUGUGCGCAUCUGGAUGGAUGGAAAAUCUGCCCUUUUUGUUGGUGGAUGAAAUGAUGGAUCCUCGAAGCUUUAUUAAUUUGAGUACAUUAAUUUCA